ACCCAACAAGUCUCUCUUCGUACUUUUUCUGAAUACCUUUAACGAGAACAGCCGUGUCCGUGUCUUCUGAACUGCGUCCACUUCUUCCACCGUUCGUUCUCUCCCAAUGUCUUUCUUCCCUAACCACAACCACCUCAACUAAGAAGAAGAAAAAAGAAUUGAAGAGUAAAGAACUUACAUCCUCCCUUCCCUCGCCAGUCACCAUGUUUCUCAGUUUUUAAAAGAUUUUAAGGGAGGGAAGAUACACAAAUAUGGCCGACUUUGUUGUUAAUUUCCUCCUAGAGCACUUGUCCCAGCUACUGGUAAAAGAAGCAAAUUCCUUUGGUGGAGUGGAGCAUCAAGUCAAGUCACUUCAACGGGAGCUCAGUCUGAUAAAUAUAUUCCUCGAGACACCCGAGGGGAAACGAAGCUGUACUCAUGAAAUGGUGGAGUAUAACUCCAAGGGGAAACAUGUGAUGAGGAAACGGAGCCGCAGUGAAAUGUUGAGGAAAAUCGUGGACGUUGCUUACGAGGCUGAGGAUGUUAUCGACACAAUCAUCUUAAACGUCGCAACACACGCGGACAGGCCGGACAAUAUUAAUCAGGCUACCCACGUAAGACUGCUUCAUGAUGUUGGAAAGAGGAUCCAAGAACUAAAGAAAGAAAUCAACAAAAUCUACAACAAUAUUAUGGAAAAGGACAGCUUUGAAAGUGAUGAAGCUAGCAUAGAUGCAGCGACAGAGGCACUACCGCACAAACGUUGGAGAGAAGACGAGGAAGAUGGCGUGGUGGGCUUCAAUUAUCUCUUGCCGGAUUUGGUGAAACUGCUUACGGAAGGGAAUCCACAGCUUGAUGUCGUUUCAAUCUUCGGUGAAGGUGGGUCGGGCAAGACCACCCUUUCCCUAAAAAUCUACAAUAAUGUUGACAUCAAGAGUCACUUUAAUUUCCGUGCGCUUGUGUGUAUUUCUAAAAAUUUCAGAACCUGCAGAGAGGUGUUGGUUGAAAUUUUGAAGUCAGAGAUGCCAAAAUCAGAUGAGUUGACAAGGAAGAAGCUGUUCAAAUACUUGAGUGAGGAUGAACUAAAAAACAAGCUCUUCAAAUGCUUGCAAGGGAAGAGGUAUCUCGUAGUUUUGGACGGUAUUUGGAGAACUCAAUUUUGGUAUGAGGUAAGAUCUGCUUUUCCUGAUAACUCGAAUGGGAGCAGAAUAUUGAUCACCACUCACAUAGAAAAAAUGGCUUCACUUGCAAAUCUUACUCCUCUUUACCAUCUCCCAGCUCUUAACAAAGAUGAAAGCUGGGAGCUCUUUAGUAAGAAGGUGUUCCCAGGAGGAAGUUGUCCUACCAAUUUAGAAACGCUUGGGAGACAAAUCUUGGAAAGUUGUAAAGGUUUACCUCUUUCAAUUGUGGUAUUAGCGGGCAUUUUAGCAAACAAAGAGAAUAAAUACAAAACAUGGGCGAAUUUUAAUAGUCAUGUAUAUGGGAACUGCAAUAAACAAAUACGGGAAUUAUGCUACUUCCAACUGCCCCGAAACAUGAAACCAUGCCUUUUGUAUCUUUGUGUAUUCCCAAAAGGCUUUGAGAUCCCUGUAAGGCUAUUGAUCAAGCUGUGGGUAGCGGAGGGUUUCAUACAGCACCCUCGCAAUAUAGACCCAGAGGAUGUUGCUGAAGACUACUUGGAGAAGCUCAUUGAUCAAGGCUGGGUCCAAGUGGCUAGCAGAAGGACUGAUGGAGGAGCAAAGACAUGCCGCAUCCAUGAUCUCGUCCAAGAGCUCUGCAUACAGAGGAGCGUAGUAGACAAAUUUCUUGAGGUUCGUUUCCUCAACUUCAGGUCCUUAAAUUGGAAAAUUAAUCUGAAAAUGAAAAAAUGGAAACAAAGGAGAGGCGCAAUGCCAUGCCUCAAGCAUUUGGUUAUCAAACAAUGCAGUGAGUUGACCAUGCUCCCUUUAAUUCGAUUGAGUUUGACCGCAUUACGAGAUGUACAAGUAUUAUGGAGCAACUCAGUAUCAGCAAAGAUGCUUCAGGAAUUGCAGGUGACGUUUGGGUUCAAUCUAUUGAUCUAUCCUCCUAUGAUUGACGACCUUCAUGAAAAAACUGCCUCUUGACAAGUUUACCAAUUAAUUUAACUGCUCUUGGUUUAUGUCUUUUUGCAAGUUAUUUAUGGAGUGACAGAGAUGGUGUUCCUUUCUAUUGCUGUUACCUGUAAUGAGGUAACUAGUCCCCCGCAUGGUCUUUGCUGCUCAGUUUGUUGUCUUUAUUUUUCGUUGUCAUGGAAUGAUUUUAUGUUUGUUGCUUCUAAUAAUGUGUGUUUGUAUCUUCGUUAUUCGAGGCAUGCCACCAGCAGACUGUUUAGAUGAAACGUUAGUGUUUCUAAUAGCUGUCUGUAAGCUGUUAGUGGCUGUUUCUAAUUGUGUUUCUAUUAAUAGCUGUUAAUGAUAAAUACUGGAUUGUAU